AUGGAUCUUAGAGAGGCAGUCUGUGGUGGUCCAGAUGAUGCACCGAAAAGGAGACCACCUGUUGCAGCCGCGGUGAAGCAAUUUUUGUUGCUGGCUCUUGGUUCGAUGCUCGCCCCAAAGAUGUCACGACUUUGUGAUCUCGAUUAUGCAGAGUACAUGGUUGGAAGGGUGGAGGACAUUGCCACUUUUAAUUGGAGUGGUUUUGUUGCCCGUAAUCUGAAGUUUGAGUUGUGUCGGGUUAAGGAAAACGAAGCUGAAUCUAGGGCGGGUGGGAAACAACAAUGGCCUCUUGGAGAUAUCCACUUCUUAAUGAUCCAUUUGCUAGACUUCCUUAAUGUGAGAGGGUUUGCCACAGAAACCAUCCCGACCUGCAGCUAUUGGUUCGACCCAAGGGUGGAUAAGGUGUGCUCGAAUAUCCCCAAGGUAGCUGAUUGGGAAUCAGGGUCGAGCAGCUCGGCUCCUGCUAUUGAUUGGUGGGCGGAUGUUGACUUGGAAACCCUUGAGGACGAUGAGCUUAAGGCAUUGGAGUCAUUGACCAAAAAAAUGAUGGAUGUAUGGGAAACAAGGAGGGAUAGUAUCUGGAGAGUCGUCAUUAUGCGCCAUCAAGGAAACAAAUGA